GCAGUGGAACUUGAUGCUGCAGCUGAGAAACUGGCAGGGAGCAACAACAAUAAAAAUCAGCCAAUUCUCAUUAAGUUUUCAUUCAUUGAAUCUUGCUGGUAAAGGAGAAGAGAAAGUACAUCAGUAUUUCAAAAAUUUAACCCCAUGGCCGUGUGUGCAAGUUCCCAGCGGAGAAGGCACGUUGCAUCUUCACGUUUGAAUACAGCCCAGACAAGUUUGCUGGUGCUGUUGGCUCUGACUGUCACGGGUAGCGCAAUGGGGCAGGAGAACUUCAAUAGCCACGAACUGUAUUAUGGUUUCGGUUCAGGGCCAUCCGACGAUUCGAUACUUCUCGCCAAUAACGGCAUCCGCGUGCCUUUCGGGAGGUCCGUGGACAUCGACCCCAUCAACGACCUCGUUAUCCAGGUGCACCCGGGCGACAGAUGCACCGUCACCGUGCUGGACAACGACCCACUGUCACAGAGGCCGGGCCAGCUGACUCCCAAGAAAUUUCCCUGCGACUUCGGGAGCGACGAGGUGAGGUACUCGCACUUCGGCUCCCGGAGCCCGUCUACCGACCGGGUGAAGCUGCAGCUGAGGUACGACACGCAGACCGAUACGCUGGUUGUCCCGUUCAUGCUGGAGGUGGAGGUGGUGUUCACCCAGCUGGAGAUCAUCACCCGCAACAUGCCUCUCACCGUCGAGAAGCUACUGGGCACCAGCAACGCGCUCGAUUCUAAGGUGCUGGAGUUCAACUACGACCGCGCCUCGGAGCUCUGUAAGCUGACUCCGCUGCCGGGGGCCGGUGGCCUGCCCCGCUACGGGCGGCUGUUGCGCGCUGACCAGUCCGCCCAGAGCUUGGACUGUGACCAGCUGGUCACCUCAGAUAUCCGGUACCGGCACACAGCCCGCAGCCGGUCGCCCAACCGCGACUACAUCCCCAUGGUGGCCGAGUUGCACGACCUCCACGGCAACAUGCUGAAGCAGGAGUACUUCCAGAUCCUGGUGCGCAUCCGAGAGGGAGCGGAGAACACGCCGCCCAAGCCCAGCUUCGUGGCCAUGAUGAUGAUGGAGGUGGAUCAGUUCGUGCUGACAGCUAUCACGCCUGACAUGCUGGCGGCCGAGGACGCCGAGUCGGAGUCGGGAGACCUCAUCUUCAAUAUCACCUCGCCGGCUGGCCAUGAGCCGGCCAUCGUCAGCACCGACGACCAGAACCUGCCCAUCUCCUCCUUCCGUCAGAGUGACCUGCAGGAGCUGAGGAUCGCCUACCGACCGCCAGCCGACGACUCGGACGUCGAGAGGAUCUUCCAGAUCGAGUUCGAGGUGGUGGACACCGAGGGCGCCGUGUCCGAGCCCUUCGCCUUCAUGGUGGUGGUGAAACCCAUGAACACGCUGGCGCCCGUCGUCACACGCAACACCGGCCAGCUGCUGUUCGAGGGCCAGUCGCGGCCGCUGUCCAGCCCGCGCAGCCUGCAGGUCAGCGACGAGGACAACCUGGACGAGGUGAGGAUCAUGGUGGUGGACGGCCUGAGGCACGGCUCGCUGACCGUGCUGGGGGCGCAGAGCAAGUUUUUCACGCCCGCCGACCUGCAGGCGGGCGCCGUCAUCUACCAGCACGACGGCAGCGACACUUACAGCGACAACAUCAUCUUCCGCAUGAGCGACGGUGCACACCAAGUCGAGUUCCUCUUCCCCAUCACGAUCGUGCCGACCGACGACGAGCCGCCCGUCGUCAAUGCCAACACCGUUCUGGUGCUGGCCGAGCACCAGAUGAUGCCCUUGUCGCCCUUCGUGCUCAGCGCCACCGACGUCGACUCAGAAGACUCGACGAUACGCUUCACGCUGGAGCCGCCGCUGUCCCAGGUGGGAGAGCUGGUCCUCCGCCAGACCGAGCGGCCUCUGGAGCCCUAUUCCUGGCAGUUCAUUGAGGGCGAGAGCGCCUACGAGAAGGUGGUCCUGGAGUGGUCCCAACAAGACAUCUUGGACGGCAAGCUCUUCUAUAGACACACCGGUCCUCACAGCACCACCACCGUUAUGGACCAGUUUUUCUUCCGAGUGCAGGAUGACAACGACCCGCCCAAUCAGUCGGGGGAGCACACUUUCAUGAUAAAAAUUCAGCCGGUUGACGACAUCCCACCCGAGAUGCAUCCAGGAACCACUUUGCAAAUGAUUGUCGAAGAGUACCGCUUGACGUACUUUCGGAGGAAGUAUCUGCGUUAUACUGACCUGGACUCGGAUGACAGAGAUUUGAAGUACACGGUUACUAAGCCCCCCACUGACACCGAUGAAAACAAUCCCGUGCAAAUGGGCAACAUAGUGCUGACUGAGAGCCCCUCCACUUUAGUGACGGAGUUCACACAGGCCCAAGUCAACCAUCACAAAAUCGCCUACAGGCCCCCAGACGUGGAACUCGGAAUUACUCCUCACAUUGUUCAGUUUGACUUCACAGUGGAAGACAUGGCUGGAAACAAAGCCGAGGGUACAUGUACAAUCUUUCUACAGCCUGUUGACAACAAGCCACCGCAAAUUACCAACACUGGUUUCACAAUGUUUGAAAGGGACACCUACGUCAUUACAAGCGCUGAAUUGGAUGCCACAGAUCCCGAUACCGACAGACCUCAGAUCACUUUUACACUUUCUCAGCUUCCAAAACAUGGGCAACUGCAGUAUGCUAGCGUUGGUAUAAAUGAAGGAGAAGCAUUUAAUCUGAAUGAUAUAGCUAAUGGGAAAAUAGCGUAUGUUCACAAUGGCGAUGAAUCUACUGGGGAUUCUUUGAAAAUUGAUGUGAGUGAUGGAGUCCAUACUGUUACAAUCAAUGUUAAAAUAAGAGUUCGCCCAGUUGACGAUGAAGUGCCAACUAUUAUGUUGCCAGCUGGAACUAUUGGAUCAUAUAUAGAUGUACUAGAAAGUGGAGCCACUGAGAUAACAAGUAAUGUUAUCCAAGGAACAGAUGAAGAUACUGAUGAUCUUAGGUUGACUUUCAUUGUGGAGGAUCAACCAAAACUAGGAGAGAUCUUGGUUAAUGGAAUUCGUGCGGAAAGGUUUACACAGCAAGAUAUAAUCAAUGGGGUUGUGAUUUAUACUCAUACAAGUGGUGAGAUAGGAUUACAGAAAAAAGAAGAUUCUUUUAAUUUGACUCUCACUGACAUGUCUGAUGAGUGGAAUAUUGGAGGGAAUAAAGUACAAGGUGUUCGUGUGCAGGUGACCAUCCUUCCUGUUGACAGUCAGGCUCCAAAUGUUAUUAUAGGGAAGCAGUUCACCGUGGUUGAAGGUGAGAAAAAUACAAUCACACUGAAAAAUAUAAGAGCAGAAGAUGUUGAUACCCCUGAUGAUGAUAUUCUCUGUACGAUUAUUGUCCAACCAACCUCAGGCUACGUAGAGAACAUCUCGCCAGCUCCUGGGUCUGAAACAUCUCGGGCAGGAACUGCAAUCACUGCUUUCACUCUUAAAGAAAUACGUCUCGGACAUGUUAAUUAUGUGCAAAGUAUUCACAAAACUGUGGAACCAGUGGAAGAUAGGUUUACGUUCCGCUGCUCUGAUGGAGUUAACUUCGCCGAAAGACACUUUUUCCCCAUUAUCAUAAUUCCUGCAAAUGAUGAGAAACCAGAUAUUUACAUGAGAGAGUUUGUUGUAAUGGAAGGCAUGAGUUUGGUUAUUGACACUCCCAUUUUAAAUGCCGCUGAUGGUGAUAUCCCUGCCAAUGAAUUAACUUUCACCAUCAUUAAACCACCAAAACACGGGCAGAUUGUAAAUCAGCUUACUACAGGUACUGUCCUUGUUGACAGCUUUACUUUAAAUGAGAUCAGAGAAGGCUCCAGCAUUGUUUAUGAGCACGAUGACUCUGAAACAAAAGAAGAUAGCUUUAACAUUCAACUAACUGAUGGGAAGUACACUGUUGAAAAAACAGUAAUUAUAAUGGUCAUUCCAGUCGAUGACGAGACUCCAAGAAUGACAAUAAAUGAUGGACUAGAAAUAGACAUUGGAGAAACUAAAACAAUAAAUAAUAAAAUUCUUAAAGCCACAGACCUGGACUCAGAUGAUAAAACACUUGUCUACAUUAUACGUUAUGGACCAAAUCAAGGUCUCUUGCAACAUCUUCUCCCUUCUGGGAAAUUUGUAAACAUAACAGGAGGGAUGAACUUCACCCAGGAAGAUGUCGACAAGAACUUGAUUCAGUAUAUGCAUACGGGCAAGGAAGGCAUCCGUGAUCUGAUCAAGUUUGAUGUAACAGAUGGCAUUAAUCCACUCAUUGAUCGUUACUUUUACGUCACUAUUGGUGGAAUUGACAAGAUCUUCCCAGAUGUGGUUAGCAAAGGAGUCUCUCUGAAGGAAGGUGGAAAAGUAACUCUGACAACAGAUUUACUUAGUACAACUGACCUGAAUAGUCCAGAUGAACACCUGCUUUUCAGCAUUACCCGAGCACCCAUCCGUGGCCACCUAGAAUGCACUGAUAAGCCCGGAGUACCAAUCACGACAUUCACGCAGCUUCAGUUAGCUGGUAACAAAAUUUACUACAUCCACACAUCCGAUGACGAGGUGAAAAUGGACAGCUUUGAAUUUGAAGUUACAGAUGGUUACAACCCUGUGUUUCGCACUUUCAGGAUCUCGAUCACUGACGUUGACAACAAAAAGCCUGUGCUUACUUUACAUGAAUUGGUGGUGCAUGAGGGAGAAAUGAAACUAAUUACCCCCUUUGAACUGACUGUUGAGGACAGGGACACACCUGAUCAGUUGCUACGAUUUACUGUGACGCAACUACCUGUUCAUGGACAGCUGUUAUUCAACCGCACAUCACCUGCUCGAUCCUUUACAAAGCAGGACUUGAAUGAAAACCUCAUCAGUUACAAGCAUGAUGGAACUGAAUUUUCUGAAGAUAGCUUUUCCUUCAUCGUGACUGAUGGCACACACACAGACUUCUACGUCUUCCCAGAUACUGUCUUUGAAACUCGAAAGCCACAGACGAUGAGAAUACGGACAAUGUCAAUUGACAAUGGAAUACCUCAGAUUAUAGUUAACAAGGGUGCUCCCACUCUGCGUGGACUUGCCACGGGACAUCUUGGGUUCAUGAUUACAAGCAAAGCUCUGAAAGCUGAAGAUCGUGACAGUGUGAAUAGUGUUCUGAAGUUCAAGGUAGUGGAAGGCCCUGAACAUGGACACCUUAUCCACCUGGGCAAAGGAAAUGACAGCAUUACUAGAUUUACUCAAGGUGAUGUUGAUGGCAUGAAAAUCUGCUAUGUGCUGAAAGAAGGAAUCAAUGCGACAAGUGACAUUUUUCACUUCUCAGUUGAAGAUAGUGGUGGUAAUAAGUUGAAGAAUCAGCUUUUCCGUUUAAACUGGGCUUGGAUUUCUCUGGAGAAGGAAUACUACCUAAUAGAUGAGAGUUCUAAAUUUCUGGAGGUUACUCUGAAGCGCAGAGGCUUUCUUGGAGAAACUUCAUUUGUUGGCAUUGGUACAAAAGAUGACACAGCUGAGAAGGAUAAGGAUUUCAGGGGGAAAUCCCAAAAGCAGGUGCAGUUCAAUCCAGGUCAAUCCACAGCAACUUGGAGAGUACUCAUUUUGACAGAUCAUGAAUACGAACGAUCUGAAACAUUCCAGAUUGUACUGUCGGAGCCAGUAAUGGCUGUUCUGGAAUUCCCGGAGAUUGCAACUGUGGAGAUUGUCGACCCGGAUGACGAGUCAACUGUCUUCAUCCCCCAAUCCUCCUAUGCCAUUGAUGAAGAUGUCGGUGAAUUGUUGAUUCCUGUGGUGAGAACAGGAGAUAUAAGUCAAGAGCUGAUGGUUAUGUGUUUCACUCAACAAGGCACUGCUACUGGUACUAUUCCAUCCAGCGUGUUGUCCUACUCCGAUUAUAUCACUCGUCCAGAUGAUCACAAGAGUGUCAUUCGGUUUGAUAAGGAUGAAUCGGAAAAAUGGUGUCAGGUGGUCAUCAUUGAUGAUUCCUUAUAUGAAGAUGAGGAGACCUUUAAUGUCACACUGAGCAUGCCCAUGGGAGGCAGAUUAGGAAUGCAUCCAAGUAGUCAAAUUUUCAUUGUACCAGAUCCAAAUGACGAACCAGUUUUUUACUUCGGCGACACUGAGUAUCAAGUAGAUGAAAGUGAAGGCUAUGUGGAAGUUCAGGUCUGGAGAACAGGAACUGAUUUGUCCAAGACCGCAACAGUGACAGUACGAUCCCGCAAAACAGACCCAGCGUCAGCAGAAGCCGGCGUUGAUUACGUAGGGAUAAGCCGCAACCUGGAUUUUGCUCCUGGAGUGAACAUGCAGACUUUUCGAGUGACCAUCCUUGAUGACUUAGGUCAGCCAGUACUGGAAGGGCCAGAAAGAUUUGAACUUGUCCUGCGUAUGCCAAUGAAUGCAGUUCUUGGAGAGCCAAGCAAAGUCACUGUUCUCAUUAAUGACUCUGUUUCUGAUUUGCCAAAAGUACAAUUUAAAGAAUCUACUUAUGUGGGGAAGGAGAAUGAUGGUCAGGUCACAGCAGUUGUUUACCGAAGUGGAGACAUCAGCUACAAGUCCACAGUCCGAUGCUAUACACGCCAGGCUUCUGCUCAGGUCAUGAUGGAUUUUGCUGAACGGCCAAACACAGACGACUCUGUCAUUACAUUCCUUCCAGGUGAAAUUGAGAAACCGUGCACUGUAAGCUUAAGUGAUGAUACAAUACAUGAAGAAGUUGAGGAGCUGAGACUAGUUCUUGGAACGCCAAAGAGUGAAUCCCCAUUUGGUGCUUCAAUUGGUGAAGUGAACGAAACUGUGAUAAAGAUCAUGGAUGGAGCAGACAAGGCUAUUAUCAAAUUUGGAGAAACCAAAUUUAGUAUCAGUGAACCUAAAGAACCUGGGCAGAUCGCAGUAGUAAAAAUUCCAGUACUACGUCUGGGAGACACUUCAAGAGUUUCCAUUGUACGAGUUCAUACAAAAGAUGGUUCUGCCACCUCUGGAGAAGACUACAAUCCCUUGUCUGAAGAAAUUGAAUUUAAAGAAGGUGAAACUCAGCAUUUUGUUGAAGUUGAAAUACUUUAUGAUGGAAUGAGAGAAAUGAGGGAGGCAUUCACCAUUCAUCUGAAACCUGAUGAGAACAUGGUGGCAGAAACUCAGAUAAGUAAAGCAAUAGUAUACAUCGAGGAGAUGAACAGCAUGGCUGAUGUCACGUUCCCAUCUGUUCCACAAGUUGUCUCACUCCUAAUAUAUGAUGAUACAUCCAAAGCAAAGGAAAACCCCAGUCCUCCAGCAGGCUAUCCUGUUGUCUGCGUUACAGCUUGCAAUCCGAAGUAUUCUGAUUAUGACAAAACAGGAUCAAUAUGUAGCAGUGAGAACAUCAAUGAUACGCUCACUAGCUACCGUUGGCUGGUGAGUGCUCCUACAGGUCCGGAUGGAGUGACAAGCCCUAUGAGAGAAGUGGAUUCAAACACCUUCUUCACCUCAUCCAAGAUGAUUACUCUAGACUCAAUCUACUUCCAAGCCGGCUCCCGGGUGCAGUGUGCUGCUCGAGCCGUUAAUUCCAAUGGGGACGAAGGGCUCGAGUUAAUAAGCCCUAUCGUAUCAGUCAGCACUGAGGAAGGUCUGUGCCAGCCUAGAGUGCAAGGAGCAGUUGGUGCCGAACCGUUCUCCGCCAAGUUGCGUUACACAGGAACUGAAGAUUCAGACCAUCCGAACCUUAUUAAAUUGACUGUAACAAUGCCACACAUUGAUGGCAUGCUUCCUGUUAUCUCCACGCGUCAGCUCUCUAACUUCGAGCUCACCCUCAGCCCCGAUGGGACCCGUGUCGGAAACCACAAGUGUUCUAACCUCUUAGACUACAAUGAAGUAAAGACUCAUUAUGGCUUUUUGUCCGACUCCACUAAAAAUCCAGAGGUGAUUGGAGAGACCUCCCCGUACCAGUAUAACCCCUCUCUGCGUGGGCCUUCCACGCUCAGAUUUUACCGAAACCUCAACCUGGAAGCCUGUCUCUGGCAGUUUGAGAGUUUCUAUGAUAUGUCAGAGCUUCUCACAGACUGCGGAGGCACUAUUGGCACAGAUGGACAGGUUUUGAACCUUGUGCAGUCUUACGUAACUCUGCGAGUCCCUCUAUAUGUCUCCUAUGUCUUCCAUUCCCCGGUGGGGGUUGGAGGCUGGCAGCACUUCGACCUGCAGUCUGAGCUGCGCUUGACUUUUGUGUACGACACUGCCAUCUUGUGGAGAGAUGGAAUUGGCAGCCCACCAGAGGCUGAAUUACAGGGUGCCCUUUACCCAACCAGCAUGAGGAUCAACAGUGAAGGUCGUCUGGUUGUGAACUUCCGUACCGAGGCACGGUUUCAUGGGCUCUUUGUCAUGGUGCACCCUGCAUCUCCUCUCAGUUCCAUGGUUAUGUCUGCCGAUCACCCAGGAUUAACCUUUACUCUCAGUUUAGUGCGGAGUGAGCCAACGUACAAUCAUCCUGAGCAGCAGUGGAGCUUCACUUCAGACUUUGCUGUCCGUGAUUAUUCAGGUACAUACACGUUGAAGUUGAUUCCGUGUGCCUCUCCCCCAAGCCAGGAGUAUACCAUACCAUUCGUGUGUAAUCCAAGGGAGCCGAUUACGUUUGAUCUUGACAUCAGGUUUCAACAGGUGAGCGACCCAGUAGCUGCCGAGUUCAGCCUGAACACUCAAAUGUUCCUACUCAAUAAGAAGAGUCUCUGGCUCUCUGACGGCUCCAUGGGAUUUGGAGAAGGCAGUGAUGUCGCUUUUGCAGAAGGAUCAGUUGUCUAUGGACGUGUGAUGGUUGACCCUGUGCAAAAUCUGGGAGACUCGUUCUUUUGUAACAUUGAGAAGGUAUUUCUGUGUACUGGAGCUGACGGAUAUGUUCCCAAGUACAAUCCACCAAAUGCUGAAUAUGGCUGUCUGGCCGAUUCACCUUCUCUCUUGUACAGAUUCAAAAUUCUGGAUAAGGCCCAACCUGAGACACAGGAUCCCUUCUUUGGAAAUGUGGCAUUCAAUGCUAGACUUGCCAUUGAUGACGCUGAAGCCCUGGCGCUUGCCACACAGCCUGGCUCUGAUGGCUUCCGUUUGGAUUCCUCUCCACUCUUCCAGGUUGCUGCUGGGCGAGAGUGGUAUAUUCAUACCAUUUACACUGUGCGGUCCAGGGAAAGUGCUUCCAGAGGGAUUGGAAAACGAAGUUUGGAAUAUCAUAUUCUGUCACACUCUGAAAACUGGAGCUCAGGUUCACGUCAGCGUCGAUCAGUCAGGGAAGCUUCAGCACUUGCUGAGAACAUUGGCGUUGAGAACAACCGAGGAACUAACAUCCAGCAUAUUGCUUUGAACCGGAGCGAUAGGAAGCAGGUCGUUGAGAAAGUGAUUUUCCCUGAAGGAGCUGUUGCUAAGUCACCAAAUGAUAGAGGUGACCAAGAUGGCAAUAUUCCCAUUAUUGCAGGGAUUGCUGCCUUGUUACUAGCUAUUUGUGUCAUCAUUAUCAUCAUCCUUAUGCUGAAACGGAAGAAGCAAUCAGGUAAGGCUGAAUACAGGAAAUCACCCUGCGACAAGAUUAUGACUGCACAAAAUUAUCACAAUGAUAGUUCUGAGGUUUGAAUACCUCGCAGCUAGAGUUCAGCCAACCACAAAGUGCCUCAGAGGACUUGAUCUGUGCCUUAUUACAAAGACCGGAACUUUAUUUAUCCAAUGAACAUUGACACAAGUCUCCAACUGUUGAAACUUGAAUGUUUGGCUUUGGAAGCCAUGCACAUUGUAUUCACUGAAACUCGAUCAAGGGUCUCCAGUAUCAUCUUUUGCACAGAAUUCAGCAAGUGACCUGAAAUGCGCUGUGUACCAAAAAGGCACAGUAUGAACUGCAACACAGGAGGGUAGUGGGAGGGGAGUCUAUACUUUUAUAAGAUAGUAUUUUCACAAGUCAGGAUUAAAAGACAAAGGUGCUAAGUUGUCCUCCUGCUGAAAGGAGAUUUAUUAACUUGUGUAGAUGAUGGUAAAAACUGGCGGUGCAGUAGAUAAAAGGCUCAAUAUAUCACAUUUUUAAUUUUGCUUUUUUAUUUCAGUCCACAAAUGAAUUAGUGACCAUUUUAUAUCAGAUUCUUGCAACUACAGUAGGUGCAUGUCUAAUAGACCCACCACUAAUGAAGUAAAUACAUUACCCAUUUUACACCAUUUAGCUCAGAAAGAAUCAAAUACAGAGGAAAGUAACUUAUAUUGUUGCGCUCACUGGAUAAAAGUUAUUCAACUAAAAAAAAUGUUUAUUAAAUUUUAGCUGUUUGGUCCACCUAAGAAGAUUGAGGUGCUUUAAUUUCAUGCCAGUAAUUUCUAAGUUAUCUACCUGGUGCUUUCAUGUUGUGUAUUCUUUUUUAGAGUUUCUUGUGCAGGCUCUGUUUAUUCUGGUUAUAUUUUGUUUUGCUUUUGACUGCAGCAAGUAUAUGUACGACAUGUGUGCCACCAUCAUCAGUUGCAACUAAUACCUUGUGCUACAUGCAAGGAUGGUGGGUGUAAAAUAUUCAAAGGGCCAGGUUCAGGGUACAUAAAGUCUUGAAUGACACAAGGAUAUGAACUCCUUAAGUUUAAAAUAAAAGCACCACAUCAUAUUCUUGUUAACAAAUGUGAAAAAAUUUGCCUUGGGCCUUUUCCUUGAGUUUUCUCCUUAUCUACAGAACAGGGUUAGACCAGGAUCUGGUAAUCUCUGCACUGAAUAAUAUUAGACUGAAUAAUUAAAUAUGUUAUAGUUCUGUGCAGCCUAGACUAGAGUGGUCACUGUACCCAUCUGGCACAUUGAUACCAUAACGUCAUAGGACUUUUAUUAAUAAAAGCCAUGGUGAACCUAUUACGCUGUGAUAUUUGGGCAUAAUUCUAAUUUGUCUCGCCAAGUAUGUUCCAUCAGUAUAUAAUCACCAGGGAUUUACCAUUUAAUUAUAGAGUUAACAAUCAUCUAUCCAUAAACAAGCCCCUUUAUGAUAUUGAUCCACACUUCUUUUCAAUUUUGCGUGAAUAUGUUAAUGUUCACACAUGAAAUGUUACAUUCUAUUAUGAUCAUACCAACAACACUGGUAACUUGAUUUUAUGUGAGUCUGCAGGGUAAACAUUAUUAUUUUAAUGUAGGUUUUGUAACAACAUAUUAGACAAAUGUUGCUGUGAAAAUGCUUUAAAGUGCACAUCUAAUUGAGGCUCCAUGACCAUUUUGUGUAUAAGCCACACAUUCACUGAUAUAAUUCACUGCUCAUUCUGAGAUUUCUAGUUCCUGCCUUUUUAUGAACCAUCUAUUUCCAGUUCAUUUUUUAAAAUAGCAUGUAUGUAUUGUUCUUUGUGUACUACUGUAUUCAAAUUAUUUGGAAUGGGCAAACUAUGCAACCUACAGCAAAAAAAACAUUUAAAAUUUUCAACUUGUUAAAAUUACAAUAUCUCUCAUCUAUUUUGUUUGGAACCAUUUUUGUAUUCAACUGGGAGGCACUAGGAACUGCAGCAAGAUUAGUGGAUAUUAGUUUUCUGGGGAGUAUCUUUCUUGAUUUCAUUGUAAGUAUUUGUGCCAUGCAAAAAGAACAUUUGUAAACAGAAAUCACUUAUAGAAAUGAUGUGGAAGUUGCAUUUAAACACCACGUCAUUUUAACCUUCCAUUGGCUUAUUUUUUAGUUUUGCUCAUAUUGCAAACAAAUAAAAUAUUUGUUCUCCUAUUUUUACUGAAUAGCAUUGAUUUUAAAAGAAUAAUUGUUCAAAACUUUCUCAAGUGUCAUGCAUCUUUGUUUCAAUGCUCUGUGCAAUAAGAUUGUGUCUAAUUGAAUUUGAAAACCUAACAGUUCCGUGUAAAUAGUAUUAUUUAUCAGAGGUUGC